GAUGUCAAAUUUUGACAGCUUAGAUGUUAUUUAAAGGCAUCACGUUUGUAAAAACUAAAUAAAUGUGUUUAAGCUUUUAACAAAUAUCGCAUUCAAAUCGAGAGAUGCAUUCUAAAAAUACGUUGACAGAGAAAAAGCAAUUAAGACGAAAACGGAUUGUGGCAGUAACGCUAUAUGCAGCCUGCCUUCUAUUAAUGGGGUGCGCAAUAUAUCAGUGUUCUGUGCUAUUUAUUCACUGUGGUCGAGACUUUCGCUUUACCCGUCUCCUGGAUGCACGGUAUGAACAAAUCGUUCUGAUGAUGCUUGAAAUGAUUUUAGCAAUAGCUGGAAUUGUGGGGCUUAGUACGAAACGAACUCCAAUUUACUUUCUUAUCUUAGCAGCUCUCGUGUGCACUGUAAUGAUCUGUCAUUUCACUGAUGUGCUGAGGGGUUGCUUAUAUUUAUAUAACUUUCCAGGGAAUUUUAAAAACAUAGGAGAUUCUAUGCUAAACUUAUAUGAAAACUACGAUCAGCCAUUAACCAAGGCUAAGGUCGAUAGAAUUCAUCAUUGUAACAAAUGCUGUGGAGUUAAUGGAACUGAUGACAAAGCGGUUAAGCGUGGAAUUUACCUUUUACCAAGUUGUUGCCCUGAUUCAACUGUACCGUGUACGGCUUCCAACGCAUAUAAAAUUGGCUGUGCCAAACCUUUACUAGCAGCAGAUCAUCGACUUCUUAAGUUUCAGCUGGUUAGUAUAGUAAGCGUCGUUUCAGAGUUUUACAUUUAUAGACUAUUUUUGACAUUCUUUGUAGUUUAGAAAUACGAUAACAUGUAUAGCUGAUAAUUCUGUUGAUCUAUUAUAAUCAGAGAAUCAUAAUGUGCAUUCCAAUAAAAAUUAAAAAUAA